ACAAGCACGCACGCACAACCCAUUAACUUUCUCUUCCCAACUGACAAUUGACAAGACAACAAGUGGUCACAGAAACCACCGAAUUCAUCAUUGUUUAUACUAUUUCGAGUCAAAACGAAAGUUCGCCAAAAGGAAAAUAUAUUACAUUAAAAUGGAUGCAAGAGCUGCCUGUGUUAUUUUGUUACUUGGAGAGUAAUUUUUUUUCCUUUAAAUUGCGGAGGUUUAUUACACACAGUCCUCGCGCAUUUCUUUUAAUAAUCUUUUUUCCUUCUUUCUUUCUGCAUUUGAAAUCUACUGAAGCUUAUAAUACAAAAUAUUUGUCUAUCUUUUCUGUCUUUCUUUAUACAUAUUAGAUGUAACCUAGACAUAUACAACGAACAUAAAUACUUUAACUUUGAACUGAUAAAACUUUAUUACUUUGUAACGGAUGUAGCUCUCUCCGGCUGAAAGUUAAUAAACAUUGUCUUUUGACAGUUGCUUGUUCGUCCCGGGAUGAUAAUCACAACAGUAUGAACAUCUAAGAAACAAGAAGGUAUUUCAUCUAGCUGCUGUCACAGAAAGAAAACUAUGUCACAGUGGACCAUUGCUGUCGGGGUUGGCCUCAUCACUGCAUCAGGACUCCUUUACAUCAUCUUCCGACAGAAAAAGAAGAAAAUUUACCCUGAAAAUGUGAUCAUAUUGCACCAGUUUCCAAGAAUACGUGAAGCACCAAACAUUUCUCCAUUUGCUAUAAAGCUUGAAACUUUUCUUCGUAUGGCCAAGUUACCCUAUCAGGUUGAAUAUACCUUUGAGAUGUCGCCGAAACAUAAAAUACCUUGGAUUACAUACAAUGGAGAAGUUGUCAGUGACUCCCAGUUCAUUAUUGAGUAUCUGAACAAGAAAUUCAACCUUAAUUUUAACAGUCAUCUCACAGAUGAACAACGAAGUAUUGCUAGGGCCAUGCAGAAAAUGUUAGAAGAGAACUUAUAUUGGGGUCUUGUACGUUUACGAUGGGUCUAUGGAAACUCCUAUACCAGAAAAAUUAUCCCUAUGCUUGCAUACCAGUAUUGGUUGAUAAAAAGAAGAUGUCAACGUUCUACAUAUUGCCAAGGUAUAGGUCGACAUACUCUUGCAGAGGUCAAUCAAAUUGUGAUGGAUGAUUUAAAGGCUCUCUCUGAUUUUCUUGGUAAAAAGAAAUUCUUGAUGGGAGAUGAACUCUGUGAGACUGAUUUUGCCAUUUUCGGGAUGAUAGCUUAUUCAAGGCAGAUGCCAGAAAACUGCAUUUUAAAAGAAAUUAUUGAUGAUGAUGUAUUCCCAAAUAUAACUGCCUACUUUGAAAGAAUGAAGUCUAUGUAUUGGCCUGACUGGUUUGAUCCAACUGUGAAAUUUCCUACUUUUGGACUUCAGCCUCAAAAGAGUCAUUUCACAUCAUAAACAGAAGCUAUAUCUGACCAAGAAACAAGAUGAAUAUUAAUGAAUCUGUUGUCAGAAAUAAAUACAGUUUAAUAACCAAAGUGAAAAACAAAAAUAAAAACCAUCAAAUGUA